AUGAAAAUCCAUUAUAUUAAUAUAUUAUUGUUUGCGCUUCCAUUAAAUAUAUUGGUAAAUAAUCAAAGGAAUCAUAACAACAGCACAUAUCAUACAUCAAAUACAAAAACAAUAAAAUCACAUAGAUCAUUAUGCGAAUCUAAAUUGUACGCACAAUCUAAUUAUGAAAACGACCAAGAAAUGAAAGAUGUGAUAAAAGAAUUUAAUGAUCGUACCGCACAACGUUUUGAAGAAUACAAUGAACGUAUGCAAGUUAAAAAAAACCAAUGUAAAGAACAAUGUGACAAAGAAAUUCAACAAAUUAUUUUAAAAGACAAAAUCGAAAAGGAAUUAACAGAAAGGUUUUCAGCAUUGGAAACAAAGAUAGACACCAAUGACAUACUCACAUGUAUUUGCGAAAAAUCAGUAGCAGAUAAGGUGGAAAAAACAUGUGUGAAAUGCGGAAGAAUAUUGGGUACGGCGGUACCUGAAUUAAGUUUGAUAGGUGGAAUUGCCGUAUAUGCUGCAGCACAAUCAGCUACUAUGAAAACUUUCAUUUCAGAAACUAUUGAUGUAUUAAAUAGAAUUGGUGGUAUGUCUCAGUUAUUUGGUGCAAAAAUUUCACAAUUUGUUACUCCAUCAAUUUAUGGUAAACCUAUGAAUCUCGUUAUUCCUCUUCAGGAGGCAAUUAAUAAUGCAUGCAAAUGUCCUGAUAUGGGAGAUAAAAUUUUAUGUGGUGGAAUUGAAAGAUCAUUCGAACAAAAUUUACCCGCAAGAAUAGCAUAUGCUGUAAAUCAAGGUGUAGACACUGCAAAUGAUACAUGGGCUACGGCAACAACUCCAACAACAUUUUUAACUAAUCCUUUUGUUGCCUCCAGUAUUGCAAUAAUGAUUAUAGUAGCAAUAGUUCUAAUUAUUUAUUUAAUUUUACGUUAUAGAAGAAAACAAAAAAUAAAGAAAAAACUCCAAUAUAUAAAAUUAUUAAAAGAAUAG